AUGAUGGCUGUUGCUUUAUAUGACUAUGAAGGAAAUAAGGAGUAUCAUUCGCUGCCAAUGAAGAAAGGUACAGAAAUGAUCGUAUUGAAGUACAAUACAAGUCGUGAUUGGACUUUUGUAAAUAUGAAUGGAACGACAACCUGGGAGCCCACAGCCUACCUGCAGAUUAACGAUAAGAAGAAGAGUGAAUCGGGUAGCCGCCCUUUUAAAACGCACUCUCGAGAGAUCGUUACCGGAGUGGGAAGUCAGCGUGCAAUCGUGAUUGCCGACUUUGAGGGUUUGGACGGAUCGGAAAUGACCGUGAAAAAGGGAGAAGUGGUUCAAAUCGUGAAGGAAGACGGAGAAUGGCUGUUUGGUACUGAGCUCGGGUAA